AUGCCACGCACGGGCUUGAGUGCUUACCCGUUUUGUGUUUUGGAAGACUGCAACGACCCUGUCAGGAACCAUCACCCCUGUGUCAAACUCUGGUCGCCAGACUCGGCCGGCAUCCGCAACUCUAUUGUCAAUAGCCAACCAAUAUCUAUCACGGACUUCUCAGCUUUGCGACAACCAUGGAUGACAAGCGGCGGGGUUUUACCCUUUGUUAGAAGAACGGGGAGCAGCGCGGACAGACAGAGAGACAGAGAGCCCAAAAGAGAUGGGACAGUCUUGGAAGCGGUUCGGAGACCUGGCCCGGUGUGCGGAACUGGUUUACUAAAACUCGACGGCAAACAUCCCGGUAUGCCGCACAACCUUGACCUGGCCUGGACAGAGAUGAAUGAGACUGGCGGGUCUGAAACAAGGUUCAGGGCAGGGAUAUGA